AUAGAAGAAGAAGAAGAGGCGAAGAAGAAGAAGAAGAAUAGAAAUGGGGAGAAACAAUAGACUAAUGCUGUUGUGACAAACAUGUUAUUUAGUUUAAAGUUAAUUUCUGCGUCCUAUUUCUCUCAGCGGAAGCUCCAGUUCAGACGCGGAGCACUUUGACCGGAAGCAGAUCAUGAAGCUGCGGGUCCAGCUGCAGUGUAAGAACCUGCAUGAAUACCUGCGGGAGCUGAACCCUGACAUCCUGGACAGGCUGUUUAACCAUCCAGCAACAUGUCUGGCUGUUUACAGGGAACUUCCCUCCCUGGCUAAGAAUUAUGUGAUGCGGAUGCUGUUCCUGGAUCAGCCUCUUCCCCAGGCUGCUGUGGCAUUAUGGGUAAAAAAAGACAGUCAAAAGGAUCAUGAUGACUGUGUCUCAGUGUUGACCGGCCUUCGCCUUUGGCACAGUCAGCACCUUCAAGGAGGGCUUCAGGGGUACAUUUUAAAUCCAGUGUUCAAAGAAAACCUAGGAACCGCACUGCUGGGAGGAGGCACCCAGUGGGCGGAUGAGGGGAGCAGCCUGGGUCCCGACCGCCAUGCCAGAGACAUCGAAAGCCUGGACCGCUACGCCAUGGAGCGCUGGGAGGUCAUCCUGCAGUUCAUGGUGGGGUCACCCAGCGCCGUCAGUCAGGACUUGGCUCAGCUCCUGAUCCAAGCAGGCCUCAUGAAAAGCGAGGCAGGAGAAGCGCCGUACAUCACGUCUGCUGGUUUCCAGUUCCUGCUUCUGGACACAGCCUCUCAGCUUUGGUACUUCACCUUGCAGUACCUGAAAACUGCUCAGUCUAGAGGAAUGGACCUGGUGGAGAUCUUAUCGUUCUUGUUCCAGCUCAGCUUCUCUACUUUGGGGAGAGAUUACUCGGUGGAAGGCAUGAGUGAGUCUCUGCUCACUUUCCUGCAGCACCUCCGGGAGUUUGGACUGGUGUUUCAGAGGAAGAGGAAGUCCCGGCGGUACUACCCCACCAGACUGGCCAUCACUCUGGCUGCUGGAGUCACAAACAGCUCCUCUUCCUCCUCUUCCUCCAACAUUGCCUCCGUUCCUGGAACUAAAGACGCCGGCUUCAUUGUUGUGGAAACCAACUAUCGUAUCUAUGCCUACACAGACUCUGAGCUUCAGAUCGCCCUGGUGGCUCUGUUCAGUGAGAUGCUCUAUCGCUUUCCCAAUGUGGUGGUCGCUCAGCUUACCAGAGAGUCGGUUCAGCAGGCCAUCGCUAACGGCAUCACUGCGCAGCAGAUCAUCCACUUCCUGAGGACCAGAGCUCACCCAGUCCUGCUGUCACAGAGCCCUGUGCUGCCUCCAACCAUUACAGACCAGAUCAGACUGUGGGAGCUGGAGAGAGACCGGCUGCAGUUUACAGAGGGAGUUCUCUACAAUCAGUUCCUGUCCCAGGCUGACUUUGAGGUUCUGCGAGACCGAGCUCAGGGUUUGGGCUGCCUGGUGUGGCAGGAUGUGGCCCACAGGGUGAUGGUGGUGACCCCCCACGGACACAGCGAGGUCAAGAGGUUCUGGAAGCGACAGAGGUCUCAAACGUGACCAGAGAAAGAGGCCCACAGAGAAAUCACCAUCGCUGCACAUUUCUCUUCUUUUUUUUUUUUUUAUUAAA